AUGGGAAAUGCGACGAGCGAACAAGAGAAAGAAGAAUCGAUUCUUCGUAAUCCUCAAGAAGGUAAAGCGUCCAGCUUUUACUGGGCAUGUCGACAUGGUGAUCUCGAUUUAGUUAAAAAUAUUUUUUCAUCAUCGAAAUUCAACGAUAUUAAUUGUCUAGAGCUGAAUGGAAGUACUGGUUUACAUGCAGCUUCAUAUAAUGGUCAUGUUCAUGUUGUUCAAUUUCUUCUUCAAAAUGGAAUUUUUCGACAUCAAGGAAAUCGUUAUGGUUUUACUGCACACGAAGAGGCAAAAAAUGACGAGAUUCGUGAACUGUUUCAUCGACCAACUGGUUCGCAACGUUUUGCUACCGAUACAGCAGAUGAUACUCGACAGCUAUUUAAUACACAUGUUGAACAGUCGACAGACAACAAUGAGACACCAGAGAACAAUUGGAUCGGUGGAGCAAGUGACGAAACGUCAAUUGGUGGUUUUCAAGCGCUUUGCCAUGUAGGCAAAUAUAUGGUAACCUCAUCUAUUCUUCGACCAUUAUUCAUGAAUAUUCUACGUCUGAAAGAUUAUCCAGAUUUUGCAUACAACGAAAAAUUAGCUGUCGAAGGAUUGCAACGUAUUAUCGACAACCAUGUUACUUCAUCGCAUCCUGAGUAUCAAAAGGCAUGUUAUCUUCUUUCCAAAUACGAUAAAUCCAAACAAGUUAAAUAUCUUCUGCGUCUCUAUUCGCUUGAAACACCUUUUUAUCGACAUCUUGGCAUAGAUCAACAAUCACAUUGUUUGGUGACGCCAAUUUUUUUCCACCUGGACACAUUGAAAAAUCGUGCAUUUCAAGGGGUUUUAUAUCGUGGUUUAUCAAUGACUGAAAAAGAUCUACAACCAUAUAAAUGGGCUUUAAAGCAGAAAGAAAGUGUUCUUAUGACAGAGACUUUCUGUUCAACAUCAGUUGAUCAAAAUGUAGCAUCUAGUUUCAGCGAAAAUGUUUCUGAAAACAAAAUUGGUGUUAUGAUGAUUUUCAAAUUUGCAAAAAAAUGUGAUACAGCUAUUCAACUAUUUACUGUAUCCGAGAAUCUACCUGGAAUAUCUGAUUUUGAAAAUGAACAUGAAGUCCUUAUCUUACCAUUGACAUUCUUUCAUGUGACAAAUAUUGAUAUUAACAAAACUAAUGGUCAAACAACAAUCUAUCUUGAAAAUCUUCGAACAAAAGGAGGAUUCUUGACAUUGCUAAAAGCUAAUUGGGACUUGGGCAAUAGUUCUGAUUGA